AUGACUUGGCUGUCUAAUGCCACCGGCAAUAAGGCCGGUCACAGCACCCGUAAACUCUUCUGUCAUGGCAACAAAUCUCCUAAUUCUUUACCUCUUGGAAUCCUCUCUUUCGAAACGGCCAAAACCAUGUCUCGCCUUAUUGGGCUUUACAGGUCUCUUUCUGAUGAUGAAUUCUUCAACCUUCGAAAAGGUGCCAUGAAAUCCAAAGGUGUUGUUUUCUUAAAUUCCAAAGAUGAAAAUUUCCUUCUUGGACUUGCUUGUGCUGAGAAACUUGAAGAUCUCGAUCGAGCUGCUGCCACCGUCUCUCGUUUGGUGAACAAGUGCACUGAUUCGGCUCCAAAACGGUUUGAUCAAAUAUUUUCAGAAAUGACUUUCGGAAUUAUGGAUUUGGGGAAGUUAGAAUACGCCUCAAAGAAUUACGAAAAACUGGUUGAAAAGAUGGACAAAUACGUCAAGGCAACGUCAAACUUGCAUGCUGCAAUGGCAAGUCUCGCUGAAAUGGAAAUAUCGGAGAGAAAAUUAAAAAAAUGGAAGCAAAAUCUCGGUCCAAAACAACCCAACACCGAUUACUUCAACGAGAAAAUCACGUAUCAAAGAAAACAGGUGAAGCAUUACAAAGACACUUCCCUAUGGAACCAAACCUUCGACCGAAGUGUUACUCUAAUGUCACGAAUCGUCUCCGUCAUUUACGCACGAAUCUGUGUCCUUUUUGGUCCCUUCGUUUCAGACCUCCCUCGUCCCACAAAGAAUGUAAAACCUUUUUUGCAUCAGAAAAUAACACGCAUGCGUGUCCAUCCUGAAACCAACUUUAGCCUCCUUCCUGACAAGAACAAGAAACGCACAAUUUCGGAUCCCAUAUUGAAAACAAGAAGAAAAAUCAGUGCCAUUCGGAUCGUCAAAUCGGGUCCAUUACCAAAAUUUGAAGAAAAAAUCGAUAUCGAUAUCGAUAACAAUAACAGCCCUCCAUUUAAAAUCGGAAAGAACAAGAAAGUUACGCAUUUAGCAUCAGAAUCUACAGUUGGUGGCGCGGGACUGGCAUUACGCUACGCAAACAUCAUUGUAGUUGCGGAGAGUUAUUUAUAUUCACCAACGAAUGUCAGCGACGAGGCGCGUGGGUAUUUUUAUGAAUUAUUACCAGAUAAUUUAAAGACGGCAGUGAGAGCGAAGUUGUGGGGUGGUUGGUGUACGAGAACGGAGGAGACGAAUGAAUGCCAGCAGGUGGUUGCGGAGCCGUGGAGGGAGGCGCUGGAGGAAUUGAUGGCUUGGAUGGGGCCGGUGGCGCAUGACACAUUGAAGUGGCAACAGGAGAGGUACUUGGAGAAGCAAGGAUUUGAUGCGAAGCCAACGGUAAUGUUGUUACAGACAUUGUAUUUUUCAGACUUAGAGAAGACAGAAGCAGCCAUUGUAGAGUUGUUGGUGGGCUUAAGCUAUGUAUAUAGAUACGAAAAUAGAAGGCUGGGUGGGCGACCAGGUAGAGGCGGAUGUAGAUGA